GGUCGGCUCCACGCUGUUUGCCUGGAUGCUCUCUGGAGCGGGACGCGCUCGUUACAGAGAGAGGCUGCUGGGCACCCCAGGUUGGCCACUCGCACCGCGCUCCCGAGCUCUCUGGGCUCCAAGUUGACCGCAACUUUUCCAAGAGUAUCUGAAAGGCCUGAAUAGAAACAUCGGGGGUCCUGGGACCCAGCAGGGCAGAGAGGAGUCUCCCACCAACCCCCAUGCCCUUCCAGGGACCGGCCUGGCUAGGGGUGUGCUUUGGCGGGAGGACCGCACCGCUUGGGCUUGGCCGGGACAAGCCUUGCAGGGAGGCCUCCUUGCUCACCGCGAGGAGCUCGGGGGAGGCGAGGCCCAGGGGACGGAGGGGGGUCCGCUGGGGGGUCCGAAUGGCAGGAGGAGCAGCGCCGGAGGGCUGGGCGCGCUGCACUGCUGUGCGCGCAACGCCCGGGGCUGUCUCCACCUCUUCUGGCAAGUCGGACCUAUGAGUGCGCGGCUCGACUUACAGCUAUCAACAGCCCGGGCGGGUGAGCGCAGUGAACGCCGCCGAGGGGGGCUCGGGACCCUCGCGACUUCAGCGCAGGACCCCAGCUGUAACGCCAGCGCCCGCCUCCGCCCUCAGAGCCCCGCGCCCCGCGCCCCGAGCCUCCUCUCCACGCACUGCGGAGGCGCUCCGCGGGCCAGCCGGCCAGCCCCGACGGGAUGCCCACGGCCAUGCUCCCCUACGCUUGCGUCCUGGUGCUUUUGGGAGCCCACACGGCAGAGGCGACUGGGACGGGAGGGGACAGCCAUCUACACUGGGAGCCUCGCUGCCAACGGCCCCUGCCCAACAGAGCACCCGUCACGGCACUGCUGCCCCCACGCCUCGAUGGGCCCUGGGUCUCCACUGGCUGCGAGGUGCGCCCGGGACCCGAGUUCCUCACCCGUUCCUACACCUUCUACCCCAACCGUCUCUUCCGAGGCUACCAAUUCUACUACAGGGACCCCUUCUGCCGGGAGCCCGCCCACUCCUUGCUCAUCAAGGGCAAGGUCCGCCUGCGCCGGGCCUCCUGGGUCACCCGGGGUGCCACCGAGGCUGACUACCAGCUACACAAGGUGGGCAUCGUCUUUCACAGCCGCCGUGCGCUGCUCGACGUCACCAGGAGCCUCAACCAGACCUGGGCGGGCCAGGACUGUGCCCAGCGGCUGCCCCCGGCCCAGGCCUGGCUGCCCGGGGCACUGUACGAGCUGCUGAGCGCCCGGGCCAAGCGGGACUGCACGGAGGCACUGGGCUUCACCAUGCACGAGCUCAGCCUGGUCCGCACGCAGCGCCACGUGCAGCUGCAGCCCCGGGCCGGGCCCCGGCUGGUGGACGAGCUAUACCUGGGGGACGUCCACACCGACCCAGUGGAAAGGAGGCACUACCGGCCCACGGGCUACCAGCGCCCGCUUCAGAGCGCCCUGCACCACGCUCGCCCCUGCCCCGCGUGCAGCCUCAUCGCCGGCUCCAACGAGCACCACCCGCCCGUGCUGCCCCCCCAGGUGGCCCUGCCCCUGCACCUGGGCGGCCGCUGGGUCAGCCCCGGGUGCGAGGUGCGCCCCGCCGUGCUGUUCCUCACCAGGCUCUUCACCUUCCACGGGCACAACCGCUCCUGGGAAGGGUAUUACCACCAUUUCUCGGACCCCGCCUGCCGUCAGCCCACCUUCACCGUCUACGCAGCCGGCCGUUACACCAGGGGCACGCCGUCCAACAAGGUCCUCGGGGGCACCGAGCUGGCGUUUCAGGUCACGCGGGCCCGGGUGACUCCCAUGGACCAGGUCACCACGGCCAUGCUCAACUUCUCCGAGCCGAGCAGCUGCGGGGGCCCAGGGGCCUGGUCCUUGGGGACCGAGCGGGACGUCACAGCCACCAACGGGUGCCUGCCGCUGGGCAUCAGGCUCCCCCACGUGGAGUACGAGCUUUUCAAGAUGGAGCUAGACCCCCUCGGGCAAAGCCUGCUCUUCAUUGGACAAAGGCCCACGGACGGGUCGAGUCCCGACUCCCCGGAGAAGCGCCCCACGUCCUACCAGGCGCCCCUGGUGCUCUGUGACGGGGUGUCCGGGCCCCUGCUGCAGAAGCCCGACCUCAGGGGCGGGGGGCCAUGUCCCCGAGCGGCCCUUCUCCCCGCCCUGCCCCUUGCUCUAGGGCUGGCCCUCCUCCAGUGGCUAUGAAAUUAACGUGUGACCUGCAGGCCGCUCCUCUGGCCCCUCGCCGCCCCGGGGGACUCCCUCGGGGCACCGACCCCUCCAUCCAUCCGUGAGGAAGUGCCCAUCCCCCGCUCGGCUCUGUCUCCGCCGUGGAGAGCGACGCGGCCCCGCUGCCCCCUGGGGCGGGGGGGAGCUGAGCACCCGAAUCCAGGCGCACCUGCGAAGCCCAGGACAGCACGGCGGGCGAUUCGACCCGAGCGCUGACCACGAACCUGGGCGCGGCCGCGUCAACCGCCCCGCGUUUCUGAGCGCUCGCUCCGGGGUUUCCCGGGAGGGUGGAGGACAGCACCCCUUCUCCCACUCCGCCCGCGGCCUUUUGGGGGACCGGGAGCGACAGUCCGCACGGGGCCGGGGCUGCUCGGCCGGGCCCGCGGCUUGUCGUCUAAAGACGAUUAAUCCGAAUUUAGCGAGACAAACUCAAACCGCAGCCGUGAAUUAAAGAUGCUGCUUCGGGCUUUCGGGUACGUCGCCGCAGCUUUCUGGAGGAGGGCUGGUCUCCUUGGGGGCGCCUCGGCUAUCUUGCGCCUUGACUGCUGGCACUUGCCUGCACUUGCCCCUGCGUCUGCCAGCCGGGGCCUCGAGCCGGCCACACUGCGCAGCCCUCCGGGGCCAGCGCUCCCCGGGGCCCAGAAGAGCGCCUCCCGCGCCCGCACCAGGCUGGCUGCUGCGGGCAGGUCUUUGGAGGAACCCGGCGUUUCCAGCCCUUGGAGAGUAAUUAAUACUAAUGAUCGCGGUGACACCGGCCUGCUCUGUAAUUAGCCCCGCACAGGCGUCCUCUGUUCUCAAGGCUCCCUGUGCUUAAGUGACAAGGAGGGAGAGGAACCUCCGAGUGUGUUUUGGGGACCAUCCCAGGGAGAGGUCAGGGUCACCGGGCUCCGUGGCAACUUCUGGAGAAGGAGGCAGCCUGCUCGCCGUGUGAUGCCCUCCUCUGCUUGGGGGGGGGGGGGGGGGGCUGUCAUCAAGGUGGGGAGGACACAAGGCCCCUGCCUGUGUUCCCAGGGCCUCCUCUGUCUACUGCGAAAUUAACUAGCAUCCUGGUGGGCUCAAGGGUCUCCGGGACUCUGUGCCUGUGAUACGCCCCCUCCUUCCUCCCCCCCCCCCAUUCCUAUCUCUGGCUCUUAUCACAGAUCUUGAACAACAAUUGUCUGUGAGGCUAAUGAUGCUUUCAGAGCAAGCCCCUGUCUUCCGUGAGAUUGUGUGGGGUUCCAUCAGCCCGCUGAAAUUGCUCUGACUUAUCUACCCAUUCUUCUUCAACAACAACAACGGCAACAACAAAAAUGCAAAAGAGAAGAACCCCACCAAGUUAAUAUUCUCUGUAGGUCUCGCCAAGCUAGGAGAGUUCCUGGUGUAUUUACCGAAGUACAAAAAGUAAUUAAGAUUAUUUACGGUCUCAGACUGCCUCGGGGUGGGGGGGUGCGG